UCUCAGUCUCACUUUCCACAUUCCUCCGAUGUUUUUUCGUCCAUCUCAUAUCCUCCUCCCCAUCACCUCCGGCGUACCUUUCUUCCCUUGACAAUCUGCCACUUUACCAUCGGAUCCAUGGACACUAACAACCAGACCACCCGGCACCACGGUGGAGGCGGCGGAAGAGAGGACUGCUGGAGUGAAGCCGGCACCGAGACGUUGAUCGAGUCAUGGGGUGAUCGCUACCUUCAACUCAACCGUGGUAAUCUCCGUCAGAAGGACUGGAAGGAUGUGGCUCACGCGGUUAACGCCAAUCGUGACGAAUUGAAGCCUCCACGGACGGAUGUCCAGUGUAAGAACCGAAUCGAUACAUUGAAGAAGAAGUACAAGCUUGAGAAAUCGAAGCCGACGCCGUCGAAAUGGCCGUUUUUUCAUCGUCUUGAUGAUCUGAUCGGAGCUGCUAACAGCGUCACCAGGAAGAAAGUUAGCACCCCGAAAUCGGCAUCUGUCACUCUGACUGCUAAAUCGAACCCCAAACCAAAUCUUAACCCUAACCCUAAUUUCAAAGCCAUCGCGUACUCUGGUGGAUCGUCGUCUCACGACGAAAGUCUUAGCAGGAUGGAAAGUCUAGAUUUUGCAGAGGAAACGACGGGUUAUAAGGAAUUGGCGAGGGCGAUUCUUAGGUUUGGUGAGGUUUAUAAGAGGAUAGAGGAUUCAAAGCAGGAAGAGAUGAUGAAGUUAGAGAAGCAGAGAAUGGAAUUCACCAGGGAACUCGAGUUUCAGAGGUUGAAUAUGUUUAUGGAAACUCAACUUGAGCUUGAGAAAAUGAAGAAGAAGAAGAAGAAGAGGCCGUCCGCUAAAGCUUCGUUGAGUCCAGGAAAAAAUUCGGAGCUAUGAUGAAGGGCAGUUGUUAGAAGUCAUGUAAAGACCUCACUUCAAGAUGGGUAUGUUUGCUGAAUCUCUUUGAGUUAUAGCAUCUGUGUAAACAAAGUUGAUUUAGACUACACACGGUGAUGCAUGCUAAUUAAUUGUUGUCAUAUUUUCAUGUACAUAAUGCCUUUGUAUUGAAUAGUCACGUGUUAUCCUAUGUGUCGAUACUUCUAAGUGAACUUAUUUACCGUAUACUAUACUACGUACUGGAAUCUCUUUUACCUAU